AUUAGCUCUUUCGGUCUUGCAUCAAUGACUUUCAAUGAAAGAUGUCGGAAGCACUGUUUACCGAUUACGAAGGCCGGACCUUCAGCCGCUCCAUCUUAUUUCUGACAAUCUACGCCUACGUUUCCCUGGGCUUAUUACUGCUCGUCGCACAGCGAAUUGCCAGGCCAGGAAGAUUCACCAAGAUACCCUCUCGUCAACCAGUAAGAUCGGCCAGGUCCGACAGAAGUCUGGGCGAAAAUGCCCUUCUUGCGUCCAAAGCUUCAUCCUCGCAACGAAGAGCCCCGUGUAAGUCGUCAACGCCUUCGUUGUCGCCUCGUGACUAACGAAUUGUGUCUUUUGAGCUAACCUUCCGCGAUGCCACACACAGUUGGUAAACAGUUAUAGAGUGACUUCGGACAUUGGGCAAGCUGUUCUACUCGGUCCUGAAGAC